AAGGCAUCUCACCUCAAGAUGGAGUUUGUUCUGUGCUGGUAGCUUUCAGGGGGUCUGUUUCUGGUUCAGCCCAAAACCCAGAUUUGAAGGCGGGAAGCGUGCAACCCAUCAAAAGCAUUUUUUGCUGCUGCUAGUAUUAAUUUCCUAAUCCUAGUGGAGGUCAAGAGAUAGAAACAAAUCUUGACUGUUAUGUGACAGCCAUUUUGGAUUCCUUGGUUUGCCAGAUUGCAAAGGCAAAUCUUCAGCCAUUUGUAAUGGAAAGUCACAUUUGCAAAUUACAGCACUGCAUUUCCUGCUAGGUGACCAGAUUUACUCUUUUUCAUUUACCCAGAUACUAGUGUAGCUACUGCAGGUUACCAAGUCCAUUUUAUAUUGAGAGGGUUGAGUCUCUCCCUGUGCGCUUCUCAUCAUCAUGCAGGGUCCCAUUACUAGUCUGUUCCUCUUCUUCAUGCUUCUACCUACAGGUGUCUCACUGACCUGCGAAAUCUGCAGUGGAGAUACCAACUGCACGGGUGAGAAGAAGGCUUGCCCAGAGGGUCAAGACGCAUGUGCCAUUAAUUUGAUGCAAGGCUUCCGAGGCACCAACAAAUUUUGGACCGUCAGUAAGAACUGUACCUCGUCCUUUAUCUGCCACUUAGAGCCGGUGGAUGUGGCUCUAGGUGAAGGAAAAUCUUUCAAGGCAGAUAUUUCCUGCUGUGUGGAGAAUAAUUGCAUACCAGCCUUUCCAAAAUUACCAAGAUCAGCAAAAGUGCACAAUGGAAAAAUUUGCCCAACGUGCUUUUCAGCGACAAAGGAUUGCUCUGAAAAACCUGUGUAUUGCAGUGGAAGUGAUAUUUACUGCUUAAGUUUUAUCCUGGUUCAAGGUGUUUCUCUGGAAUGUGAAUUUUGUUCCGCAUCUGGCAAUCACUGCUCUGGCAGAAUGAUUACCUGUUCUCCUGGUCACGAUACCUGUCUCAUUGUGUUAUUUGAAAGUACACUAGGUGACAUGAUGGUUCAGAGGCUCACAAAAAGCUGUGCAAUCUCAACUGCCUGCACAUCCUCCACAGAAUACAUGAAUAUGGGGCGCGGGAAAUUGUUAAGGACAGCAGUGCUGUGUUGUACUGGGAGGGCCUGCAAAACAGCUGCUCCUCAACUACUUCCCUUGGAGAAGAAAACCAAUGGGAAGCAAUGUCCAGCCUGUUAUUCUCGGACAGGCGCAUGCAAUCCAGACCUAUUGAACUGUACAGGAUCAGAGAAGUACUGCUUUGACCUGUUUGCACGUACAUAUACUCCGGAUGAAAUCACGACCUCUUUUAUGAUGGGCUGCACAACCAAAGCUGGCUGCGACGCAAUAGAUCACGGUACCACUCCCUAUUUGGAAGGCAUUGAUACUGUGGUUGUGAAGUCCCGUUGUUUACAAACAGACACCUCAAAGGGGUUUCGAUCUUCUAGGAGCCUCCUACCAACCUUCUCUGGGGUCCUACCGGUCCUGCUGAUCAUCUGGUAGAAAUCACCUUUAACGAUUGAAUCGACUCUGCAUAUUCCAUUCUUUAUUUUCUC